AUGGCACCCGCUUCGAAAGCAGCCAAGGGAGACGCGCCGGCCCCGACGUCCAGCGCCAGGGGUCCGUCCACCUCGUCCUCAUCGUCUUCAGCCGCCACAUCCACUCCGACAGCUCGCAAGCCCAACAACAGACCGACCAUAAUCAAAUCGGGCAACUCGCAGGCAUCCAACAAGCCCGUGCUCGAGCCAGGCCAAGAACCACCACCGCCGCCUCUGUUCCCGUCAGUGCCUUGCUCUGUCCUGUCCUCCUCGAGACUUUCGAGACGGGACCCACAAUAGCGCCUACGCUCACCUCCCACAUUCAUCUGAUGAAUACAGAGUCGGAUACAAGACACCUAUAUCCUUACUCAACGAGCGAUGCCAGAAAUCCUCGUUCGGCAAACCCGCUAUCGUCAGCAAGCAGCUCUCCUCGGGAUUGUGGACCGCGACCGUGACUCUGCACCGUAGCCACCCCAAGACCAAGGACCACGAAUCCGUCUACAUGCGGCCACCACCACCCCCUUCCCCGAUCGCAAUCGAAAAACCGACCGCACUCGAGGCACGCCAUUGGGGCGCCGUGUAUGCGCUUUUCAGGUUCAGCAAUCAUCUGCGACUGAACAUUCAGUUACCCCCGACGACGAGGGACUAUUGGACCGCGUUGGAGGUCGAGAAGAAGAACAGCGGCAAGGGCAAGGACUGGUAUUGGAGCACGACCCCGUUCGAGACCCAGGCAGAGCGAGAGAAGGAAGCCGCAGCGAGGCAAAGCGCGUCGGGGCCAGAGAGGGGCUCAGCCACCGCAACAGGAGGGGGAGGUGACGGCCGGGGGGCUCAUGGCGGGAACGCGCAUGCGUCCGGGUCGUCGUCUCAUUCGAAACCGGCUAUUCUACCCAAAGCGUGGACAUCGGCACCCGAAGUCAAGAUGCCCUCCGCUCUGCGCGACCUCGUCGAAGAGACGAUUCGGUCCCUCAUGCCGUCGACGUCCUUGAACAACGCCUCCGGCGCGGCGACCCCGCUCGGAUCGUCUCAAGAUUAUUCCGACGACGAGGACGGGCGAAACCCGAGCAAUGCCGUACCGUUACCCACAGCCCAAGAGCAGGCCGCAGCAGAUGAACUGGUCCAUCUCGGCUUCCGAAAAGGCUACGUGUCGACUGCACUCGCUUACGUCCUGACGGCGCGGCAUCAGGUCUCGAACGCCUCCUCGGACCCACUGCUGAGGUCGCUGGCUACCCAGCCGUUUAAAUCUGCGCUCUUGUCGUACCUGCAUCUACACGUCUCGGAAGACGACUUACCAGAGAGGUUCCGAGCCUCCAAGCCCGCCGAUUCGAAUGCGCGCAUCGCGACAAGCCAUGGAUCUGAUGCGCUGGGGAGGUUGUGGAAAGCCGAAGCGAUCGCCAAGGACGUCGGCAUCCCCGUUCCGAUGGCAGUCAAGCUGCUCGAAGAGUGUGCAGGAGAGGAAGGCAAGGUUAUCGAGUUAUUUUCAAGAAAGCUCAAUGGGUGGGGGCAGACAUUCGAGGUCGAUGAUGACGAGACCGACGAGAUCGAAUUGGAGCAGGUCGCACGAUUGAGCGAGGAGCACGUCAAGCAGGGCUGGAGCCAGGUCUUGACCGCGAAAGAGAGGGAACCGCUGCAAGAAAGGCGUAAGGAUGAGCUCAUGGGACUGGAAGGCAUCUUUGGGAAUCGAUUCAGGAAGACUGACUUGGGGUGCGAGAUCCUCGUCUCAUCGCUUAAGCCGAGGAGGCAAGGCACGGCGCCGACCGACCAGGUUAUACUGCGCGUUCUCUUCCAUCCGGCAUCCCUCUACCCAUCCCCCUCGACCGAUCCGGGCACGUCGUCGCCGCACCUUCCUACGUUCUACGUGUACUCGUCGACGCUCCCGGCCUUUAUCCGGUUGCACCUGACAGCGUUGAUUGCGCAGCAGUUCGUCGUCGAACCUCGAGGCGCCGAGUGGCGCGACCUUGCCCACGCCGGCUAUGGCGGCGUCGUUGCCGAGAUGGCCACCUUCCUGCAAGAGAACUGGGAGCGAGCCGUGGAUCACCCUCCGGAUUCGAGGACGGUGUUUAGCAAGUUGCUUGGGUCUGCCAGGUCGAUGCGGCCCGGGCAGGCGACGACGGGUGCGGACAAGUCGAACAAGUCUCUGAACGCGUCUCGAGGGCGAGGACCCUCGAGGUUCUUCGUGUCGCCCGCUCAACAGGCCGAGCUCGUUCGCUAUUGGACGGAGACGAUGCAAAAGCCGGCGUAUGCGGACAUGUUGGCCGUGCGCUCCAGGCUGCCCGCUUUCGACAUGAAGCAGCGCAUCGUCGAUCUCGUCGAAUCGAAUCGGGUCGUCAUCGUCAGUGGUGAGACGGGUUCCGGUAAAACGACCCAGAUCCCUUCCUUCAUUCUAGAUGACGCGAUCGCGAGGGGCCAGGCGGGGUCGAUCAACAUCAUCGUGACGCAGCCGCGUCGAAUCUCCGCCAUUGGCGUCGCGACCCGUGUCGCUGCCGAACGGCUCGAAGACAUCAACGACAUCUCGUCGCGCAAGCUGAUUGGGUACGCGAUCAGAGGCGAACGCAAAGCGGCGAAGGACUGCCGUAUGCUCUUCUGUACGACCGGUGUCGUGCUCGCGCGACUGUCGAGGGGUGGCGACCCAGAUCUUGCUGGCAUCAGCCACAUUUUUAUCGACGAAGUACACGAGCGAUCGGUCGACUCUGACUUCCUGUUGCUGGAGUUGAGGGACCUUUUGAAGCGGAACACCAAGAUUAAGGUUGUUCUCAUGAGUGCGACGAUCAACCAGAAGCAAUUUUCGGACUACUAUGGCGGCGCCCCCUGCAUCGAGAUACCCGGGUCAGUUGAGUAGAGUCGUUCUGCAGGCAUCCAAAAGCUGACGUGCUUUGUUUUGGCUACUGCGACGACGAUAGGUUCACGCAUCCCGUCCAGGACUACUACCUGGAAGAGAUUGUGCCUCACCUCCGAAACUUUUCGCCUGCGGGCAAGCCGACCCGCAAGGCGACGCAGGCGCAGCUCGACCGUAUGCGCGAAUCCUUCGUCUCUCGCGGCGUCGACAACGAACGGCACCUUUCGACACUCGAGACGUUGACCCGUUCGGAACGCAUCGACUUUGGGCUCGUCGGGGCUACGGUCGCCUACUGCCUCGAAAAGUCACGCGAUAUUGGAGGAGACGUGCUCGUCUUUAUGACCGGUGUGCUCGAAAUUAAGAACGCCGUCAAGGCGAUCGAGGGCGCCAUCUCGUCGUCAGAUAGAGUCGAAGUCUUUCCCUUGCACGCCAACUUGACCUCGGCGGAGCAAAUCUCGGUCUUUCGCAAGACCAAAGCGGGGCACAGGAAAGUAGUCGUCGCAACCAACGUCGCGGAGACUUCCAUCACGAUCGAUGGGAUCGUGUACGUCGUCGACUGCGGCCGCGUCAAGGAGAACCAAUUCGACCCCGAUACGAGUGUGACCAAGCUCGUCGAGGCGUGGACGAGUAAAGCCAGUUCGAGGCAGCGACGAGGUCGAGCCGGUCGAACGCGGCCCGGGCAAUGCUUUAAGCUCUUCAGUCGUUACACCGAGGAUACGGCAAUGGCGAAUUAUCCGACGCCGGAAAUGGUCAGGAUUCCGCUCGAGUCGCUCUGCUUGCAGAUCAAGGCGAUGCGCGCCGAAGAGGACGUCAAGACCUUCCUGGCCAAGGCGCUCAGCCCGCCGGAUGUGCGAGCGAUCGACAGUGCAUGGGCCACGCUCAGGUUGCUGGGUGCGAUCAAGGAGGGAGGGGGUACGAAGUCGAGGUUGACGCCGUUGGGAAUGCAUUUGGCCAUGCUGCCGCUCGAUCUGCGGCUGGGCAAGAUGCUCGUCCUCGCGGCCAUCUUUAAAUGCCUCGAUCCAAUCUUGACCGUUGCCGCGCUCUUGUCAAGCAAGUCCCUCUUUAACCUACCUUUUGAGAAGCGAGACGAGGCCCAGAAGUACGUGUGCUCGUUACGAAAUUGAACAUCGAACAGCACUGAUGGAUACUUUGAUCUGAGCAGGGCUCGAUCGAUGUUUUACACGGGCCGUUCCGAUCUUCUGUCGGACUUCAAAGCCUUCGAAGGUUGCAUUGCUGCGCGAAAUGAUGGGGGCAAUUCUGGGCUGCGCGCGUACGCUGAAAAUGUAGGCUACAGAUUUGCUCACGCAUUCGAGUUUGCGACGACCCCACUGAUGCCAUGAUCUCGUUGCCCUCUUGCCUGCAGAACUUCAUCUCGCUGGCGACGUUCCGCGAUGUACUUCAGCUUCGCACCGAGUACUUGCACGCUCUCUCCGAUGUCGGUUUCAUCCCGUUUCGCACGCAAGCCUCCGACGAGGCGCUCAACACCAACGCCAAGAAUGAGAAUCUUCUCAAGGCGAUCAUCUUUGCCGGUACGGCCCGGCUCGUCAAGGUCAAGUUGCCCCCGGCCCUGUUCGACAAGGGUGCUAGUGGUGCGAUCGAACGCGAUCGCGAGUCUAAGGAGGUCAAGUACUUUGAACGCGAUGGAAGGGUGUUCCUGCACCCUGGCUCGUUGCUCUUCACCGAAACGAGGUUCUCAUCGCCUUUUGUGACUUACUUCUCCAAGCACAUCACGACCAAACCUUUUCUUCGCGAUGGUACAGAGGUGAGACGGGACUAAAGUUCGGGUAUUCGUAUACCCAGAGACUGACGAGUUCGGGUAUAUUUGUAACGACAGGUCCCUCUGUACGGAGUGCUGCUGUUUGGCGAAAAGGUCAAUGUCGAACUCGACAGGGGAGUGACGGUCGGCACCGAUGGAUGGGUCAUGAUGCGAGCCUGGCCAAGGAUCGGCGUCUUGGUCAACUCCCUGCGACGGCUGUUCGACGCCGACUUGGAAGCCAUGAUUGAAACACCACCCGACUUGCAAGGUAAGUCGUCGAUGUCGCGUGCGGCUCCACAACCUGGAUGUGUGCUGAUGCUUCGGUCUUGACGGGUUCAGGUGAAGCAAGCCCUACAGUUAAAGCGAUGCUAGCCCUCCUAGAGAGGGACGGAGGAUUGUACUGA